CAAACCGAAACAGGAUUCCAUUAAAGCUCCCUUCCACUUCCAGCUGCCGCGCGCGGGGCAUCACCACUAGCUAGCUUCAUCACCGCCACUUUGACCCCAAUUCCCCAAGGACGCCACCUUCAUCCCCAAGCCUCCUCCUCCUCCUGCUCGCCCUCCUAUAAGUGCCGCUCCCGAUUCGCCACGUAAAGGAAGGAGGCGUCUUAGCUAGCUCGAGCGCGGGCAGGAGUUCUUGGACGGUGGGUUCGUUUUGGUUCUGUUUCUUGCGGCUGCAAUGGACGGCAGCAGGGCCGGCGGCAGCGGCGACUACAUUUCCAGCCUGCUGAACUCGUCCCCGAUGCUCGACUUCGGCGUGCUGGGCGGCGCGCCGGCGCUGGACGGCGCCGGGGACUGCCUGGAGAGCUUCUGCGGCGACCCGGGCUUCGCCGAGCGCGCCGCGCGUCUGUCCAGCUUCAACGGGCAGCGCUUCGCCGUGGGGCUCCUCGGGAUGCCGCCGCCGGCGCCCGGUGCGGAGUUCGGCAGUGCCUCGCGGGAGGCGUCCUCCGUGUCCGACCCGGCCUCCGCGAUGAAGGACGCCAAUGCCAAGAAGAGGAAGGCGCCGGCGGCCAAAGGCAAAGCCAAGGACCCUUCCGUCAGCACCUCUGGCCAGGCAGGGGAGCAGAGUGAAUCGUAUGCCAAGAGGUGCAAGACGGGCGACGCCGAGAAGAAGGUGACGAACACGGUGAAGCCCAAGGCAGAGCAGACCGGCAGCGACAGCUCGGUGGAGGACGGCGAGCAGAAGAAGGGCAAGGGGAAGAAUGGCAAGCCGGUGGAGCCCCCCAAGGACUACGUCCAUGUCCGGGCCAGGAGAGGGCAGGCCACCGAUAGCCACAGCCUCGCAGAGAGGGUGAGAAGAGAGAGGAUCAGCCAGAGGAUGAAGUUUCUGCAGGACCUCGUUCCAGGAUGCAACAAGGUGAUUGGCAAGGCACUGAUGCUUGACGAGAUCAUAAACUAUGUGCAGUCGCUUCAACGGCAAGUCGAGUUCCUGUCCAUGAAGCUAGCAACUGUGAAUCCACUCGACUUCAGCAACCUGCCCACUCUCCUACACAAAGAUAUGUUCCAAGCCUGUGGCCCUUCAGCGAGCUCUGUUUUCUCGCUCGAAAGCUCCAGCUCCGCCUUCCCGUUCAGCGACCAAGGAGAUGUCUUCCAAUCGUUCGUGCCCAGCAGCAUGGAGGGCCAGUGCACCCUGAACCAGCUUGAUUUGGCCCUGUCUCAGACUACAAACGCACAGUACGGUUUUCAGGAUGGAACGGCCAGCACAAACUUGCAGCAGCAAGUUAGGAACUACUGGGAGGACGAUCUCCAGAGCGUUUUCCAUGUCGACAACGGGCAGAGCCAUGACAACGGGGCUUCAGCAGAGAGCUUCCACGGUGAUUUGCAAGCAGGCCAGAUGAAAAUGGAGUUCUAGCCGACGAAGAUCGUCGCGGAACGAAUACAGUAUUGACAAUCUGUACAUAGGAAGAAGAUGGAACCACGACAGCAGUACAUGACGCAAGUGGCGGAAGUGAAGCUAUAGCUGCUCUGAAACUCUGAAGCUAACAGUCUUUGUUAGUAAUUAGGCCCUCCAAGAGACGAAUGUGUCCUGUCAUAUUCCGCCUAUAGGGCGAUGUGACCGCUCUUGUAUCUCUGGCGUUGAUUAUGUCAGUAUAUUGAUGAUUAAUAUAACGUAACGAUCGAUUACAGUUUAUGUA